CUGGUAGCUGCAGCAGAGAGGUGCUGACACUUGCAUCAAGUAAGACCAGAAGCUCCGAGGCCAGAGGGUAAUCAGCCAUGACUGGCUGCAGGGCUGCUCCACCUCCAUUAACUCCUGUCUCUCAGUCCAUGUGUCAGCAGGUUGUUGGCUCCAACCUUGGACAGUCCUCAGGUCCUGCAGAUGUAACGUCUCUGUCCCCUCAGAAGGCUGCUACUGUCUCUGAUGGACAUCAUGUUGGGAAGCAAACGUCUCCCUCUGCUGGUCACAUGGAGACACUGCAGGGAUGGUGUCAGGUCAGACUGUUCUACACAUUAGUUCAUUGAAAAAACUCAAUGAGGCCUCAUUGUUCACAGACACUGAAGCAGUAAAGUGACUGUUAAAAAUGUCAAGCUUUUGUAGCACUUCCCUUUGUCUCUUAUUGGCAGAGAUAAAGGGAAGUAGCCUUAAAUGGUGAUAUAAGGAGGUGUCUUGUUCAGGUCCUCUGUUCCUUUGUCCCUGCCUGCCAUGCGGCCACAUCAGCUAGUUUGUCGAUUGUAACUCUAUUCUAGCUUCAGAUUGUUUGUUGUUUGAGUUAUAUCUAAAUACUAUGCAUCUUAAUACUUUGUGUGUUUCUUUUGAACAGAUCGUUAUGUAUUAGUUUGGUGUCAAGAAAGACUUGAGAUAUCUUAAUUUUGAGUGGAUGCAUUAAUAAGUAAGCUGCUAAAUACUUUGCUUUAAAUUCUUUUUUAUGGUAUGCGUGGCAUUGUAUUGAUUUAUGUUUUUGUUGUACAGAUGAUGGUGUCCAAAUAAACAGUUAAACAUCUCUCUUGGAUCCUGUAUGUUUGAAUGUGCACCCCAGUUAGGGAUUCUACCAUCCAGUCACCUACAUCCUCCACCACAAACAAUCUCUAAACAUACAGCCCUUUAAUAGUGGCCUUAGAGGAAAGAUCAGGAGAAGAUCUGAGUUCAGCUCUAAUCAUGUUCAAACUAUGCUCAUACACACAUUUGAUACAUUAUUACAUCAUAAAUCAUUUACAUAGAUUUACUUCAAGUUAUUUAUCUGUGACUGAGUUUGAUGCAAAAAGAGGAAGAAGCCAGUCAGAGGAAGAGGGCGGGCUUUACUUGGUGUCACUGAGAAAAGAUGAAAAAAGGUCAGACGAGUGAGAAGGACAAUGAAGGAAACGUCUCUACAGCGUCUGCUCUGUAAGUCCACAAUCUUUGACUGUUGAUAAGUGAUGAAGGAGACAUGGAAACUAGUCAGGAUCAAGUCAGCAUGAGGACCAGCUGCAGGUCUAAAGAGGAACUGGAAUCAUUUAAAGAGGAAACUGGUCAAAAAGGAACAGUUCUGAGCUCUCUGCUGUUCAGCUCAACAAACCAAGCUCGUCUGACUGUGAGUCCCAGCUUCUCUCAGGUCUUUAAACUAGACUCUGUGUCUCUGAGCUGUGAGGAGGACGACAGCUCUGCUGGAUGGACUCUGAGGAGAAACACCACCACAGAACAGAGGACUCAGUGUGGAGCUGGGUGGGGAAAACCAGCUGGUUCUUCCUGUGACAUCAGCUACAUCCACCCAUCAGACAGUGGAGUUUACUGGUGUGAGUCCAGAGAGGGAGCAACCAGUAACAGCAUCAACCUCACUGUCUCUGGUGGACCAGUGAUCCUGCAGAGUCCUGUCCUCCCUGUGAUGGAGGGAGAUGACGUUACUCUGACCUGUAAAACAAAGACUCCCUCCAUCCUCUCAGCUACUUUCUAUAAAGAUGGCUCCUUGAUCAGGACUGAGUCUACAGGUCACAUGACCAUUCACAAUGUUAACAGGUCUGAUGAAGGCCUCUACAAGUGUCACAUCAUCAGUCAUGGAGAGUCUCCAUCCAGCUGGAUCACUGUCACAGAGAAACUCACCACCACCACACCUCCUCCUACAACAACACCUCCUCCUGGUUCCUCUCCUCCUCCUGGUUCCUCUCCUCUCCUCCCUGUGUUCUUGUCUCUUUCUUCUUUCUUUUCUGUUCUUCUUCUGGUGUUUCUGGUUUUCCUGGUGAGGCGAUGUGUUCGUAGGAAACAUGAAGUUGUUGGAGAAAACAUCAGAGAAGACAUCACGUACAGUGACAUCAAAAUAUCACGAAACAAGAAACAGCCAAUCAGACGGAGCAGAGACAGUGAUCCAGCUGCAGUCUACUCAGCAGUGAGAACAACACAAGACGUCACUUAUGGAGAAAUAUUCAUCAGAGACAAGAAACACAGGUCAAAGACCAGAGAGAGUGAUCCAGCUUUAGUCUACGCAGCAGUGAGAACAGAGAACAUCACUUAUGGACAAAUAGCCAUCAGACCAAAAAGGACCAGAGAGGUUCCACCAGAGCCAGAGGUCGUCUACUCUUCAGUGAAGUAGUCCACCCGUCCACCAGCUGAUGUCCAGGUGCUGGACUCUGACCGGUCCCCUCGGCCCCUCAGACCACAUCUAAGGUCUCAGUGGGUAGGGUGGACUAGUGAGGCAGCGAGACACUGAAGCCCAGGUUGCUCCCAGUGCUUGAAUGUUUGGGUAAAUGUGACUGUUAAAAUACUUUAAAUACGAACAGACACACAAGUCCCAAGUUUGUGUGUGUGGUGUGUCAGGCUGCGUCCUGCUGGGGGGGGGGAUGUGGCUGGUUGGGGCAUGUUAUAGUUCUCCACUCUUUCAGUGCUUCAUUAUCCACUUAUUGUCAAAAAUAAAUUCUAUUUAAUGGAGUCUAAUGAUAACUUUGGAUUCUCUUAUUCAACAUUAUAAUUAGCAGCAGUGAUCUGGUUUCUCUGGAGGAUCAAUAAAUGUGAUCUCAUUUGUUGUUUUGUUCUCGUGUGGUUCUGUGGUUUUCACCAACAUGUCAGGUGGAAAAUUUGACUUGCUCCGUUUUGGUUUUGGCUGACCGAUCACACCUCUCUGCAGUGUUGAAAACCGAUGCACAAAAACCACAACUGCAGACAGAAAUAGAUCGAGCAUCAUUUAGCUGCUGACCUCUCUGCAGAGAAGAGCUUUGGAUCUGUGUCGGUGUGACUUAAAAUCAAUCUGUAAAACACUUCCUUGUGUUCAGAAGAUGUUUGAACAGCAGUUAUUCCCAAUAAAUGUUUUUAUUCCGA